UGGUCCAACUACAUCCGUGCCACAGUGAGGAAGGAGAAGGGGCUUCCCAUCCUGGUGGAGCUGCUGCGUUCUGACUCUGACAAGGUGGUCCGAGCCGUGGCCAUCGCCCUGCGCAACCUCUCCAUCGACCGCCGCAACAAAGACCUGAUCGGUAUGACCAUUGACCACAUAAACUGACCACACAUGGUUAACACACGGCCUAUCUUUACAGCAUACAAGUACAACAAUGGGGUAAAACACUUUGGAAAGCUGUUACUAACCACGUUUCCAUCCACAGUUUUUAUGCAAGUAAAGUCAUAUCAAAUAAAUUACAUCAUUACAAUAUUCUCGCUCUUAUCCAUAAUAAUCUCAUAAUGUAGACUUGCAGCCUACCUACACUGUAUCUGCGAGUUGUUGGCCAGAGCGCACAUGCCAAGACCAGAGUAGGCACAUUUGCUGUUUAACACAACAGUUUCUGUGACAAAACUAUCGGUAGAUGACGAUGGAAACACAUUGAACUUCACAUUUUGAUUCGGUACAUGAGAACAUGUGUGCAUUACGUCAUCACCACUGACUUAUAUCCGCAAGAAGUCCAAUUUGGUGGGAACACACCACUGGUGGGAAAAUUUGCAGAUUUUCUUUAGAGAAGUCUAAAGUUCCUUUGAGAAUAUUUGCAUGAAAAUCUGUUGCCAAUUGGAUUGAAACCUAGCUAGUGAUGAUAACAAUAUGAUUGUUGAACCUGUGUAUAUUUUUUGAUGAAUUAUUGCAGAUUAGUCAAAGUUUUAAUUAGUUAAUAAACAUUUUGUACAAUGCUAUUAUGAAUCAAAACAAUAUGUAAAAAACGAUAUUUGUCCAUUUUCUUCUGAAUGAUUAUACACCUUUUACCUCUAUUAACAUUUGACGGUGCCCUCUGCCCCCUGCCCUUCGACCCCUACCCUGUAGGGAGCUAUGCCAUGAGGGACCUGGUGAGUAACCUGCCCAGCGGUCAGCAGCGGCCAGCCAAGAACCUGGAGGAAGACACGGUGGUGGCCAUCCUCAACACCAUCCACGAGAUUGUGACGGACAGCUCCGAGAACGCACGCUCCCUCAUCCAGGCCCAGGCCAUCGAGAAACUGGUGGCCAUCAACAAGACGAGGUAUGACCAUUGGCUAGCACAGUUGGCUACAGCACAGUAUAAUAACAAUACAGCACAGUACUGUACAGUACAAGACAGCAUAUUAGAGUUCAGCAUAGUGUAGCAUAGUGUAGCAUAGCACAAUGCUAACGUCUGGCCGUUAACAGGUUCUUGUGUUUCGAUUAGGAUUUGUUUGUCUUUCUUAGAAUGUAAUGAUUGAUUGAUCGAUCUAAUCAAUCAACAGUAGUUCAGUUCCAUAGUAGCUAUACUAUACACAUAUGUAAUAUGCACAUACAGUUGAAGUCGGAAGUUUACAUACACUUAGGUUGGAGUCAUUAAAAAUAGUUUUUCAACCAUUUACAUUUUUAGUCAUUUAGCAGACGCUCUUAUCCAGAGCGACUUACAGUUAGUGAGUGCAUACAUUUUUUUUUCUUAUUUUUUUUUUCUCAUACCCCCCGUGGGAAUCGAACCCACAACCCUGGCGUUGCAAACACCAUGUUCUACCAACUGAGCUACAUCCCUGCCGACCAUUCCCUCCCCUACCCUGGGCCAAUUGUGCGCCGCCCCAUGGGUCUCCCGGUCGCGGCCAGCUACGACAGAGCCUGGAUUCGAACCAGGAUCUCUAGUGGCACAGCUAGCACUGCAAUGCAGUGCCUUAGACCACUACGCCAUUCGGAAGGCCAACAAACUAUAGUUUUGGCAAGUCGGUUAGGACAUCUACUUUGAGCAUGACACAAGCAAUUUUUCCAACAAUUGUAUACAGACAGAUUAUUUCACUUAUAAUUCACUGUAUCAAAAUUCCAGUGGGUCAGAAGUUUACAUACACUAAGUUGACUGUGCCUUUAAACAGCUUGGAAAAUUCCAGAAAAUCAUGUCAUGGCUUUAGAAGCUUCUGAUAAGCUAAUUGACAUCAUUUGAGUCAAUUGGAGGCGUACCUGUGGAUGUAUCUUCAAACUCAGUACCUCUUUGCUUGACAUCAUGGGAAAAUCAAAAGAAAUCAGCCAAGACCUCAGAAAAACAAUUGUAGACCUCCACAAGUCUGGUUCAUCCUUUGGAGCAAUUUCCAAAUGCCUGAAGGUACCACGUACAUAUGUACAAACAAUAGUACACAAGUAUAAACACCAUGGGACCACGCAGCCGUCAUACCGCUCAGGAAGGAGACAUGUUCUUUCUCCUAAAGAUGAACGUACUUUGGUGCGAAAAGUGCAAAUCAAUCCCAGAACAACAGCAAAGGACCUUGUGAAGAUGCUGGGGGAAACAAGUACAAAAGUAUCUAUAUCCACAGUAAAACGAGUCCUAUAUUGACAUAACCUGAAAGGCCGCUCAGCAAGGAAGAAGCCACUGCUCGAAAACCGCCAUAAAAAAGACAGACUAUGGUUUGCAACCGCACAUGGGGACAAAGAUCGUACUUUUUGGAGAAUUGACCUCUGGUCUGAUGAAACAAAAAUAGAACUGUUUGGCCAUAAUGACCAUCGUUAUGUUUGGAGGAAAAAGGGAAUAGCUUGCAAGCCGAAGAACACCAUCCCAACCGUGACGCACCGGGGUGGCAGCAUCAUGCUGUGGGGGUGCUUUGCUGCAGGAGGGACUGGUGCACUUCACAAAAUAGAUGGCAUCAUGAGGAAGGAAAAUUAUGUGGAUAUAUUGAAGCAACAUCUCAAGACAUCAGUCAGGAAGUUAAAGCUUGGUCGCAAAUGGGUCUUCCAAAUGGACAAUGACCCCAUGCAUACUUCCAAAGUUGAGGCAAAAUGACUUAAGGACAACAAAGUCAAGGUAUUGGAGUGGCCAUCACAAAGCCCUGACCUCAAUCCUAUAGAACAUUUGUGGGCAGAACUGAAAAAGCAUGUGCGAGCAAGGAGGCCUACAAACCUGACUCAGUUACACCAGCUCUGUCAGGAGGAAUGGGCCAAAAUUCACCCAACUUAUUGUGGGAAGAUUGUGGAAAGCUACCCAAAACGUUUGACUCAAGUUAAACAAUUUAAAGGCAAUGCUACCAAAUACUAAUUGAGUGUAUGUAAACUUCUGACCCACUGGGAAUGUGCUGAAAUAAAUCCUUCUCUCUACUAUUAUUCUGACAUUUCACAUUCUUAAAAUAAAGUGGUGAUCCUAACUGACCUAAAACAGGGAAUUUUUACUAGGAUUAAAUGUCAGGAAUUGUGAAAAACUGAGUUGAAAUGUAUUUGGCUAAGGUGUAUGUAAACUUCCGACUUCACCUGUACAUACAGUAUGUAGGCCUACAUGUACCACCAGUCUCCCUCCCCCAUGAGAGCAGGUCUUUUAUUGUCUCUCUAACCACCUACCCAUUUUAAUUGUUUUGACCUUCGAUUAAUUCAAUUAAUAACAUAGUGACACUUUUACAUUCAUGAUAUAUAUUCUGCAAUCUCUCAAGGACCAGGAGUGUCUGCUUCUGGCCUUAUACAAUGUGAUGACUGUGUCUUUUCAUGUCAACUCUAGCAUGGGCAUUAAUAAUAGAAGGUAAUAUAAACUGGAUUCCUUGUCAUAUUAUUUAGAUCUGUAGAACAAUACUUAGAUUGAAUAGAUAAGCCCUUACCUUGCAGUGCCUGGUUUCCAGGAAACAAACUAUAGUGCACUUCACCUGAAUACUAAGUACUAUGAAUAGGAAUUCAGGAGCUGUUUUAAUGAUUUCCCAGUUUCCACUGUAUUUCACUGAUCUACUUGAUAAAGUCAACGAGCGAUGACAGCCAGAGAGAAGCUGUUUGGAUAGCUGUCUCCUUCUACAACCUAUUGAUCAUGAUAAUUUAAGAUUUGUUUCCAGUGGGGAUUUGAUAUCCAUACUUUAUUUAAUACCAGAUAAAUGUGUUUUCUCUGUACCCAUGAUAAUUACUUUGAAGUGAUGGAGAACCCUCCCAUGUAAUUAACAGAAGGGCUAAGGAGUAGCUAAUGAAUUGAAUGAAAGGAAAUGUGUGCGGCCAUUGGGGUAUGAAUUAAAAGCAAGCACCUGGGGCCACUAGUAGGAAUAGAUAGAUGAUGACUUUGAAUGUGAGAUUGAUUGCAUUUGGCUCCAGCCUCCAGUAGCUGCUGGCAGUGGUUUGGGCCAAUGUUCUGUAUUCACAAAGAGUCUCAGAGUAGGAUCUAGGAUCAGUUUUUUUAAUUAUAAUGAAUGGACAGGUGGGCCUGAUCCUAGAUCAGCACUCCUAAUCUGAGACGCUUUGUGAAUACUGACCCUGAUUCUCUUCCUGUCUACCUUCCUCAGCCAAUCACCACGUGAGGACAAGGCCGCCUCCCACGUGCUGCAAAUGGUGUGGAGCUACAAGGACCUGAGGAACGCCCUGACCAAGGAAGGAUGGAACAAGAGCCACUUCCAGGUACACGGCAGUGUAGUAGAACACACACACACACACACACACACACACACACACACACACACACACACACACACACACACACAAUGAGUACACUCAUAUGUCUCUUCUCUCUCCCCCUCAGCCUACAGCGACCGGCACCCCUAAAGCAGCCAAGAAUGGCAAGCCAGGCUACGACGACACCACUCUGCCCCUGAUGGAGAAGAACCAAGGUCAGUCUGUGACGGCAGGCGAGACUAGGGAUCCUCCGGGCCUGGCCUACUGUGGUGAACUGAGUGAGGAAACCAUAGAUAUUAAUAACUGCUCUAUAUCUAUGGAGGAAACUGUGCUGCUGUUACUGUGUGUCUGUCUGUAUCAGAAGCCUUGAUUAGAGCGAGUGCUUAGGAGGAUGGUUCUAUCUAUCUGUGCUUUGCUUUGUGUGUUAUCACUCAUAGCCGUUAACCUACUGUAGGAGGGCUGUGCUUGAAACCUUUCACCCUCAUUGUUAUGCUGCAGUGUUUGGUGAUCUUCAUGUGGUAGUCAGUAGCUUUUGGGAUGGUGUGGUCGGGAGAAUGAUGCAUCAUGGGUAGAUUUAUCUAAUCCAAUAGUGUGUUAUUGAACACAAAUCCAAGCAUGUAUAGUAGGAUAUGUGCAUAGAGGGAGGUACUGAAGCAGCCUAAAACACGAAACAUCUCAUUGACAGAGGAGUCGAGAGCAUGACAGCACUUUUCUUGUCAUCUUGUUUCUGGCCAUGUUACUUUUUUUGCAACCAUGCAUACACACAAAGUGUAGUUGUCAUUUACACCCAUUCUCAGCCUGCCUGCAUUACUGCUAAAGUGUACCAGCAGACAGUGACUGAGGACCAUUGGCCUGAAAGCAACAUUGGCUCGUGAUUAAAACAAAUUGAAUGUGUGGUGCUCAUGAUAAAAAAAUGGCAUAUAAAUGCUUUUCAGGCACCAAGAAAAAUGGAAGUGGUGAUAUGAUACCUAUGGACGAGCUUGGUCCAGGUAAGACCGAGUUUGCAUGACCUCAAUCGCCGAUGAGGAAUACUAGUAGUCUCAGAUGGAAUGUUCUUGUCUGUAGGAACUACUCACAGUUCUAGAACCCUAACAACACCACUGCCAACAUGGAAAUAAUAAUACAAAGUUUGUAGGGCAAACUUUGGCAAUAUUGGGAAUGAACAAAGAUAUGACUUGUUGUGACGCUCUAACGGUGGACAAUGCAGUGCAGUAGUGUUUUACUUAUGAUGCUGUAUGCAAGACCCCUCUCUUAACAAGAUGUUGGUAUAAGGAUGGCCAUUAAUUCAGUAGUCCAGACAAGUAGCAACAGGAGGUGUGGGCAAUUCUCUAAUGACUGUGUUCAAAACCUGACAAACCUUAAUGUUCUCCUCAGUGCUCCUCUUUUCAAUGAAAAUGUAAACACAAUUGUCUUGUUUACUCUCUUACUAACGAGUUCUUCCUCAGAUAUGCACAGCUCCAGUCCUGGAAGGCUGCAUGCAGCUUAUUCGUCUGUAGUUUCAAUCCAUGUAUUUAAAAGUGAUAUAUUUCUGUGAUCCUCUCUCUCCUCAUUAGAUGGCUACUCCACCAUCGACCAGAGAGACAAGGACUGCAAGUACAAGAGUAGUGGAGACGGGUCAGUGGACCUGACAGAACGGGAGCCAUUGAAGGUACGUCUGGUCUAGACCCACCCGUGACAGCUCACACCCCUCACCUACAGCUACACUAUAGGUGACUAAGGGAUCAGGCUAUUAAAACACACGAGUCAUGAUACUCCGUUUCUGUUAAGGUAGCCUAAAUCCAUCUCUUUCAGUGCCCUUGCCCAUUUGUCAAUGCCAUGCCCUUUCUAAGGAAAUCGUAUCGAUUUCUUGAAGAGGAAUCUGGGAUUUUCAUUUUCUGCAGCAGCAGUUAAUGUUGUUGUCUGUCGAGCCUGGUGCCACUCAUCUAGCAGUCCAAUUUACUGACUGCAGACAGCAGAUCUGACAGCUAAGCAGCAGAUAAUUGAGUAAGCUUUGUGAUUGUGAAAGUAAUUAAUCUGGGACUGAUUAAAAGAGUCCUGCCCCUCCAUCUCCACUUCUCCUCAUAGAGCGAGAUGACCAAGGCCUUGUUCACCCACGAACACACACACACACACACCUGCAUAGUAAGUGGCUCAGUGCCCAUCGCUAGAGAAAACUCAGUGUGAAUGAGAGGGAGAGAGAGAGAUGGAGGUAUGACUUAUUCACUGUUGAACCAGGGUGACGUCCAGUCCAGUCAUGUGUUUCCCAUCACAGGAUUAUAUUCUCACGCUUUGAUCGGUCAGCGUGGCGUAAGGACUGAAGGUGGUUUGAUAGGUCAAUCAUACUAACACAGCUAGAAGUCCUCUUGGUUGAUGAAGGGUUACCAUGAGUUCAGAAUCAGACAUCAUCAUAUUAUAAUGAGGUAGAAUGGGAAAAGAGAUGUUUACACAUUUUGCUCGCCUUCUCUGUAGUCCCCCCCCAGUUGCUUCUUGAGAUAAUUAUAGUACUUAAACUAACAUGCUUAUCCGACCGCAACUUUAUUCUGGUCUGAAGAUGACACAAAGUAUUUACCAUGUGUAGAACGGCAGCUAUACAGACACUUUGCAGCUUGAAGACACAAAUGCUUGUCAAGAUACAGUAUGCUGCAAAACCUCCUGAAGCAAAUUAGCCGUCAGACAGGACUGGAGAUGGCAGAUAUCUCCUCUCAUGUCUACAGCCCCCGCCCCUCUCCUGUUUUGAAUUUACUUCAGCACAGCAACAACUGCUCAACCCUGCUUUCUAGACCUCGAGAAGCCUGUAACCAAAAUGCAACUCUGCUGUUUGAACUGCUUUGUCCCACUCUGUUUUUGUUUGUUUGCAUGGUUCGGUUGGUUUGUUGUUUUUAAUAACUUUUUCUGACAUUUAUGCUAUGGAACUAACCCUGGCUUUCCACUCCUCUCUGUGGAUGAUAUUUAUCGACCUCUUUGUUUUGCUGUUAACCCCUUCUCCCGUUGCUGCAGAAUGACACAAAUAGGAAACACUAUGUCAGGAGUAACAGGCCUGCAGUCAAACUGGUGGAUGCUUGUGACGUUAAACCUCAGCCUGUAGACUCCUGGGUCUAA